AAUCAUCGGCGGUCGUUCUUAAGCGAAAGCGUUCAUUUUCGCGUUGAAGUCGUCUGUUCGACGUGGAACUAUAAUUCUUCGGACGUUGGGCAUCGUUUGGCAAACGGAGGUCUGCGCUUUGACGUUGAUUUAUAGCAAUUGGAUUUGAAGUCUCUGAAUAGAUGGCAGAAGCUGAUUAUCCUAAUACUAGAGCAUCGGAAAGUUCAUCAUCCCCAAGGAACAAUGGCAAUGAUGCUGUUGAUUUUGAAUGUAAUAUAUGCUUUGAUUUAGCUCAGGAUCCUGUAAUCACUCUCUGUGGGCAUCUCUAUUGCUGGCCUUGCCUCUACAGGUGGCUACGAGACCAUUCUCAGUCCCACGAAUGCCCGGUUUGCAAGGCCCUAGUUGAGGAGGAAAAGGUGAUUCCUCUGUAUGGCAGAGGGAAGACCCCUGUAGACCCAAGAUCAAAACCUGUUCCCGGAAGUGAAAUCCCAAAUCGCCCUGCAGGACAGAGACCCGAGACAGCACAGCCCUCAGAAGACAUUAACUUGGCCAAUCUUGUUCUUGGACUCAUGGGAGGGUUCAUGCCAAUUGCAUCCGCUACUUUCAGCAAUUUUGGAGUGUCUGCUAGUUUUGGUGGUGUGUUCCCUCCUUUGUUCGGUUUCCAGUAUCAUGGAUUCUCAAAUGCAGAUGCAUACACUGGACCAUCAGGCCAUCAGCAUGGACAUACACUGAAUAGAGGAACUAGUCAAGCUACUGAGCCAGACGACGAGAAUUUGAAGAAAAUUCUUAUAAUCAUCCUUCUUUUUGUCCUUUUUGCAUUUUUAACAAUGUGAAUGAUUUUCCUACACCACACUCUGUUCUUCCAAUACACUGAAGAAGAUUCUUAUCUUGCACAGAAUUGUGAUCAUUUGCAACUGUUACAUUUAUGUGUACUCUAAACAGUUUCAACUGUGUUGUUAACUUGGUUGCUCUGUGAUAUAGCUAAUCCAGCUAAUGUGUUAUGUGCUCA